AUGUAUCAUUCUGUGUCUGAAACCAGUCACCCAUUGCAAACAGAGGAACAAGAAAUAGGCAUUGAUCCCUUGCAGAGUUAUUUGAACAAGCCAGGGGAAGGAGGAUCAAAUGAAAAUGGAAGCACACAACACACCUCAGAUUCUGAUGGAACAUUUAUUUCUUACAGUAAAGAAUGGGAAGAACUAUUUGUAAACAACAAUUACUUGGCAACUAUACGGCUGAAGGGGAUUAAUGGGCAGCUGAGAAGCAGCAGGUUCCGUAGUGUUUGCUGGAAGUUAUUUCUGGAGGUUCUACCCCAAGACAGAAGUCAAUGGAUUAAAACCACUUCAGACUUAAGAACUUCUUACAAUAAGAUCAAAGAAAUUCAUAUUACAAACCCUCGGAAAGCAGGACAGCAAGAUCUGAUAAUCAACAACCCACUCUCUCAGGACGAGGGGAGUCUUUGGAAUAAAUUUUUCCAGGAUAAAGAGCUUCGAGCAAUGAUUGAACAAGAUGUGACAAGAACCUUUCCUGAAAUGCAGUAUUUCCAGCAAGAGAAUGUGAGGAAAAUUCUUACAGAUGUUCUAUUCUGCUACGCCAGAGAAAAUGAGCAGUUGCUUUAUAAACAGGGUAUGCAUGAACUUUUAGCUCCUAUUGUCUUUAUGCUGCAUUGUGACCACCAAGCUUUUUCACAUGCCAGUGAAGCUGCACAACCAAGUGAGGAAAUGAAAGUUCUUUUGAAUCCUGAAUAUCUGGAACAUGAUGCCUAUGCAAUGUUCACACGUCUUAUGAAAACUGCAGAACAUUGGUUUUCAACUUUUGAACAUGACAGUCAGAAGGAGAAAGAUGUGAUGAUUACACCUAUGCCAUUUGCUAGGCCACAGGACUUAGGCCCAUCUAUUGCUAUUGUAGCAAAGGUAAACCAAAUUCAGGAUCAUCUGCUGAAGAAACAUGAUAUUGAGCUGUACAUGCAUCUGAACCGACUGGAAAUUGCUCCACAGAUUUAUGGACUGCGAUGGGUAAGGCUCCUGUUUGGACGUGAAUUCCCACUUCAGGACCUUCUGGUUGUCUGGGAUGCUCUAUUUGCUGACAGUAUCACCCUGAAUUUAGUUGACUACAUUUUUGUAGCCAUGUUGUUAUAUAUUAGAGAUGCCUUGAUUUCAAGUAAUUAUCAGACCUGUUUGGGACUUCUGAUGCAUUAUCCACCUAUUGGAGAUGUUCACUCCCUUAUCCUAAGAGCACUUUUUCUCCGAGAUCCAAAGAGAAAUCCAAGACCAGUGACUCAUCAGUUCCAACAAAAUUUAGAUUAUUACAAAGCACGUGGAGCAGAUUUGAUGAACAAAACCCGUGCCAGUGCUAAGGCUGCCCCACUGAACAUUAACAAAGUCUCCAACAGCUUACUGAAUUUUGGCCGAAAACUCAUUGCUCCAGCUAUGGCUUCAGGUGGGGCUGGGGGCGCUCCUGCCGGCGGGAGCAGCUUUCCUCCCCCUGCAAUGCCCAUCAGAAGCGCAGUGGAAACCCCCCAGCACCACCACCACCACCACCACCACCAGGCACAGCAGCAGAGGAUGAUGAAGUCCGAAAGUAUGCCAGUUCAGCUGGGCAAAGGCCAAAGUUCAAAAAAUAUCAGCUCAUCUCCAAGCAUAGAGAGCUUGUCUGGAGGACGUGAAUUUACAGGAUCUCCGCCAUUGUCUGCGUCAAAAAAGGAUUCCUUUUUCAGUACAAUCUCCCGCUCACGUUCCCAAAGCAAAACUAUGAGCAGAAAAGAAUCGGAGGAGGAAUUGGAGGCCCAGAUUUCAUUCCUACAAGGACAACUAAAUGACUUGGAAGCCAUGUGCAAAUACUGCGCGAAGAUGAUGAACACACAUCUUGGAAAUAUUCAGGAAGUCAUAUUACAAGAACACCUGGAAAAAGAAGAUGAAAUUCUGGUUUCCUUGGCUGGUUUGAAGCAGAUCAAGGACAUCCUGAAAGGUUCCCUGCGUUUCAACCAGAGCCAGCUGGAAGCUGAAGAAAAUGAGCAGAUCACGAUAGCCGAUGAUCAUUACUGUUCCAACAGUCAGAACAAGGGGACAGGUGAUGUCCUAAAGGGACCUGUUACGACAAAACAACAGUUCAUCUCAGGACGACAGACUACGACUGAUUCGAGCACUAGUGAGAGCAAGAGUGCUGAUGACUAUAUUAUGGUUUCCAAAGAAGCGGAAGGAAGCAGAAGUGCUGUCCCGGAGCCAGCGCAGUCCCAUCAGGCAGACAAGGAGGCAGCGGUGAAGCCAGAAGCUCCAUCUCGUUCUUCUUUGAUAUUCUCUGACCCACUGAUGGGCUCCAUUUCAGCCUCCUCCAGCAACCUGAGCUCCAGCCCUGAUGACAACAGUAGUAAUAACAGCAAAGAUUCUGACUUCGCUAUUGUCAGCCCACUGGACAUCUAAAGAAACAGGUUGGGAGAGUUUGGGAGGUUGGUCAUUACA